AUGCAGCGCGCGAAUCUAAAUCUCGCGACGGCGACGGCGCGACGCCGCGCGGCGACGCGCAUCCAGUCCGCGUACCGCGGGCACCUCACCAGGCGCGAGCUCGUGGAGAACGUCCGGAAAGACUUCGAAGAGGUGAUGCGACGCGUCGAGGGGCCGCUCGCGGAGGACGUCGCGCUCGCGACGACGACGCCGUUCAGCGUCGUCGAGCGGCCGUUCAGCGUGAUGGGAUGGGGGAAGGCGGGGUCGUCGGCGAACCUGUCGCCGCCGAGCGUCUUGGACGCGCUGGACGACUCCACGACGCUGUCGCCGUCGCCGGAGCCGCCGACGCGCGCGGCGAGGGUCGAGGAGGACGAGGACGAGGAGGACGAGGAGAGAGGCGGGGGCGCGCGCGCGGCGAAGAAGGCUGCCGCGGCGAUCGACGCGGCGAGCGCGCGUCGGGGAGGAGACGGAGACGGCGUCGUCGACGUCGGCGUCGGCGACGAGGACGACGACGAGGCGACGACGAGCGCGCUGCGGCAGGAGCUCGCGUGGGCGCAGGCCGCGCUGGACGACAGGAGGCAGCAUCUGCGACGGAUGCGGAUGCGCGCGCAGCAGGCGUCGACGCGGCGCGCGGCGCCCGCGGGGUGGUGA